CAGUGGAGUUUGGAGCGUCCCUCACUCAUCGCUCACAUCGCGCAGUGAAGAAAAUUUCACAGGCCGCGAUCUUAGUCAAGAAAAAAAGCCAUGGCUCCAAAGCUGAGCGAGGAGGAGAUUGAUGAUCUCAUCUACUUUGCACGGGCCGGCGAAGGCGCAGACCUGACGGAGCUGCUCUCGACAAUAGCGGCCAGGGAGGGCGUCUCGGCGGGGGAGGUGCUCGUGCUCGCCAAGGAUGAGGGCAAGUCGACGUGCCUGCACAUGGCAACGGGCAACGGCCAUCUAGAUAUCGUCAAGUCCAUCUGCACGCACCUGGCAUCGCUGCCGAAACCCGAGGACAAAAAGGCGUACCUGGACGCCGGCAACGAGUACGGCAAUACAGGCCUGCACUGGGCGGCCAUGGGUGGGCACCUCGAAGUGGUCAAAACCCUGGUGACCGAGGGCGCGGCGCCGGCGCUGGCUAACGAUAAGAACUACGUUCCGCUCGACCUCGCGGGCCUCAACGACCACAGGGCCGUCGUCGACUACUUCCUGGACCAGGCCAAGGCGCUCGAGGUGGAGGAGGAGGCCGGAGCCGCGGACGGGGCGGCUGCUGCCGUGGGGGCCAUGGAGAUUGGGGACGGGAAGCGCAAGGGAGAGGAGGGUGCUGGCCAGGCGAGUGAGGGUGGCGAUGGGAAAGCAAGUCGGAGUUAGCGCUACGCAAUGCCUGUUGUUAAGGGAUGGCAGAUUCUGGAGAGAACGGAUCUCUUUGAUGCACCAGAUAGGUAUUUCUUUUAUUUGAACUUGAGCUAUUGAGUUUAAUGUUACGAGUAUCGAAACUGAUUAGAGCG